AUGGGCGCGUCGCAAUCUAGUGCUGGCGGGGGCACGUCUGAUGGUGGUGCUGAGGUCAAGACAAGCUACUACGACUUGCUGGGCGUGGAGCGGACGGCGACACAGGACGAGCUGAAGAAGGCCUAUCGCAAAAAGGCCCUGGAACUUCACCCCGACCGCAACUAUGGCGAUGUCGAACGCACGACGGCCCUCUUCGCCGAAGUUCGCUCUGCCUAUGAAGUCCUUUCUGACAACCAGGAACGCGCCUGGUACGAUGCUCACGAAGGUGAUAUAUUGCGUGGUGGCACGGGGGAAGGAGCAACCGAGGAUCACUACCAAGGCAACAUGCGCAUGACGACUGCAGAUGAGUUGGCACGCAUGAUGGGCAAAUUCAGGGGCAACGUCGACUUCUCAGACUCGCCCACCGGCUUCUUUGGUUUUGUCAGCGAAGUCUUUGGGCAACUGGCCAAGGAAGAGGAAUAUGCAGCUGCAUAUGAGAACAUUGAUAUUCCCGUUUAUCCAACAUUUGGCCACAAGGAUGACCGCUAUGACAAUGUGGUGCGACAAUUCUAUGCUACCUGGAACGGAUUCGCGACGGCCAAGAGCUUCGCAUGGCUGGACAGAUAUCGUCUCUCUGAUGCCCCCGACCGCCGAACCCGCCGCUUAAUGGAGAAGGAAAACCAGAAGUUUCGCGAGGAUGGUAAGAGGGAAUUCAACACUGCCGUUCAGGCAUUGGUAGCUUUUGUGCGCAAACGAGAUCCACGUUAUACACCACUCACCCAGUCAGAUGAGGACAAGGCAAAGGCGCAACGAGAUGCUAGGACCGCUCAAGCUGCACGAGCACGAGCGGCACAGCUAGCAAAAUUGGAACAGGAAGAACUUGCAGUACCCACUUGGGCGACGGCACGUCCUCCAGAUGAAAUGGAAGAGGAGACUGAGGAAGAAAGCGAGGAAGAGCAUUACGAAUGCGUAGCCUGCAACAAGAUAUUCAAGAGCGAGCGACAGUACGAAGCGCACGAGAAGAGCAAGAAGCAUCAGAAGGCAAUCCAGUCACUGAAGAAGAAGAUGCAAAAAGACAAUGCGCAUCUCAACCUGGAUAACGAUUCUAUUAAAAGUGGCGCCACUACGUUUCUAGAGAAGACACACUCUGAUGCGGAUGAGAUAGACAGCAGCAUACAUCAAGUUGUCGAGCAUACAAUAGAGCUCACAAUAGUCGACAAUAGGGCUCAUGAUGACGAGCAACCCCGGUUAUCACCAGAAGAUAUUCCCUCAGGGUAUCAAGCAAAACAUGACCAUGAUGACGAUGAUAGCCAAGACGACGACGACGAGUAUGCCUCGCGUUCCGAAAUCGAGGCCCGAUUGGCUGGCUCCGUUAGUGAAUCUCCAUCCACAUUUAUAGGAUCGCACGACGGAUCACACGCCCAGGACAAGGCUCCUGACGGUUCAGAUUCUCCGUCUUGUCCCAGGCCUAAGAUAGGCAAAGCCGCCCAGAAGCGCGCCAAAAGAGCUGCAAAACAGGGGCAUAAUGACAAACUAGAUACAAAACAAAGGUGUCAAGGUUGCAAAGCGGCGUUUUCUUCAAACAAUCAGCUAUUUCAGCACCUACAGGAUCAUCCAGGGCAUGCAGCCCUAAAAGAUGAACACAGAAGGAAGGAGAAGAAAAAGAAAUAUUAG